UGUGCUCGCUGAUCAGUACUUUUAUUUUGGUCUAACGACGUGACGCCAUAAGGCCGCGCCGCGCUCUUGCCGCGCUCCUGCGUCUUUGAUUUGCCUCAACAAAGAGUUUCCGAACACUCGGAUCCGAACACUCACCGAGAUCCACAUGGCGUUUAUUAAAGAGGAGAGUGAAGAAAUGAAGAUUGAAGAAGCAUUCAGUGUGAAACAAGAAGAUACUGAGGAACAAACAGACCUAAUGCCGCUGAAAGAGGAGAAUCAAGAACUGAAUAUAAUGAAAGAGAAAGACCAGAAUGAGAAACAUCAUGGUAUGAUAACUGGAGAAAAAUAUUUUAGUUGCUCACAGACUGAAAAGAAUUGCUCACAAAACAAAGCUCAGAAGACAGCAACUAAAAGUAAUUUCACCUGCCAACAGUGUGGAAAGAGUUUCAAUCAACAUGGAGACCUUAAAGUCCACAUGAGACUUCAUACUGGAGAGAAGCCUUACACCUGCCAACAGUGCGGAAAAGGUUUCACUCAAAAUGGAAGCCUUAAAGUCCACAUGAGAAUUCACACUGGAGAAAAGCCUUACACAUGCCAAAAGUGUGGAAAGAGAUUUACACAUAAAGGAACGCUUAAUGCCCACAUGAGAACUCACCCUGGAGAAAACCCUUUCAUCUGCAAACUGUGCGGAAAGAGCUUCUCACGAAAAGAAGGUCUUAAGACUCACAUGAGAAUUCACACUGGAGAGAGGCCGUUCGUAUGUGGUCAUUGUGCAAAGAGUUUCAGAUGUAAAAUAAGCCUUAAUUACCACAUGAGGAUUCACUCAAGAGAGAACUGUAAUCAAGAGGUAUGUCGUCAGUGUGGAAUGAGUUUCACAGAUCGGAAUAACCUUAAGAAUCACGUAAUAACUCACAUCGGAAAGCCUUACAUGUGCCACCACUGUGGAAAGAGUUGCAACAGCAAAGCUAGCCUUGACGUUCAUAUAAGAGUUCACACUGGAGAGAAGCCAUUCACUUGCCCUCAGUGUGGAAAGAGUUUCACAGUUAAAGGAAACCUUCAGACUCAUAUAAGAAUUCACACUGGAGAGAAGCCAUUCACUUGCCCUCAGUGUGGGAAGUGUUUCACAUAUCAGAAAGACCUGAAACGUCAUUUGCAAACACAUUGCGGAAAGAAGUUGCAGAAUUCUGACAAUCUGAAUUCUGAGUCUGAUAAGAGUCUGACAAUAAAAAGGAGCAAUUUUGAAAAUCGCAUGCACAUUCACUCUGGAAGGCAAUUUAAAUGUGAUCUGUGUAAUAAAACAUUUCUUUUGCCAUCACACUUACAGAUACACAUGAAAAGUCAUGGAUUUUUGAGACCCUAUUUUUGUUCUUUGUGUGGAAAGGGUUUUAAAUGGCUCAGAAGUUUAAAAUGGCACCAGAAAAUAUGCAUCUGUGCUAAAUUAUUUACAAUUGUGUAGAGGCGUCACUUUCAAUUAUGAUUUGUUUAAUAUCUCAGAAUCAAAAUAUUACAUAAACGCCCGUCUUGCUGUGAAAUGCAACAAUGUAAAUAAAAUUAGAAAUAAAAAGACAAAACAAUGAAAUAA